AGUGGCCGCUUAGCCGUUUUGGAGCUCAGUGGCCGCGUUGCAACCGGCCGCACGACCCGUGGAUUCACUAGCAAAAACGGCCGGGGUGAAUCGGCCGCCGCGGUGCGCUCAGCUCUCUCCACCGGAACAGGUAGAACGGCGGGCGAGGCUCCGCGGCCGUCGGUAGAGCGGCGAGCUGGCGAGCCGAGCGCCGCCAGGUGAGGCGGCCAGGUAAAAUACUGCUGCGCCGCCCCGGCCGGGCCGGCUGCGCGCCGUCAGUGUGACUGGUGCGCGGCGAGCGGCGGCGCGGCGGCGACGGCGGCGCAGUGACGGUGCCUGGUGUGCGCGCCCGACAGUGCGCAGCAUGUGGAGAUGGGUCGCAACAUCGUGCUGUCCACAGGAUCGACGGUACUAGCGCUCGUAGCGGCCGUCGUGGGCAUCAUCACCGUGGCGACGCCGUACUGGGCCUCGUUCGAGAACCGAAUCGGUUCGGAGAAUGGUCACUUUGGCCUUUGGACGGUGUGUCGCCGGAACAGCAGACUGGACUACAGAUGCGGAACCCACGUGUCACGGCUGCAGCCGUCAGAGUACACGACGUCGGCGGGGGUGUGCGGCGUCAUAGCUGUGAUAGUGACGAUCCUGACGUGCGUCAUGUCGCCCAUGGUGCUGGCCAUGCGCGUCACCAAGCGACAGGUGUUCUUCAAGUUCCGGCACGCGGUGGUCGCCAAGCUGGCAGUCAGCUGUAUAGGAGCUGUCAGCUGUGUCGUGUCGCUGGUGCUCUUCGGUAUCGACCUCGACGCCCGUCGACUCGGAGAGAACGUCGGCUUCCACGUCUGGCGAUCGUGGAGCUUCUAUCUGAUGGUCCUGUACACGCUGCUGUCGUUGGCGCUCUGCGGGUUCGCGGCCGCCGAGUUCGUCCUGGCGCGCCGGCUCGGCGGUGACCCGGUCACCAUGUCACGUGACCCGGAGGGCAGGCUGGCGCCGGUUCUGACCAAUCCGGGAGCCCGCGAGAGCGGCCGGGUCGCUUCGCCAAACGCCAACGGGGUGACUGUGAUUUCGGCGGGCCGGCCUCCGGGUCUGGUCCACCCGCGACCCACUGAGGUGGCGGCACAGCGGCCCGCGCCCGUGGCGCCGACACCCACCUCCAGCUACAACGGCAAACCCAUCCCCUACGACCCGCGCAAGUCGCCGCUCCGGUCAAGCCUCAAGAAGCAGAAGCGCAAGGACGAAGCGUCCAACGAGUCGGUAGAUUCGGGUGUGAUGAUUAUCGGUAACCCGGCGCCGGGCUCGCCGUCAGCGGCCAGGUCCAAGAAGUCGGUACGCAUCAACACACUGGACACGGCCGUGUGAGCGGGCGCCGGCGACGAAUGCGCCCUCUGUGAGGACCAGGUGCCGCUCAGUGAACGCACAGGUGACGGCAGCUGCAGCGACGUCUGCCCAGACCGCUAAUGGGGGCGGCCGAGCGUGAACACCGUCGCAGCCGGCUCUGAUAGCUCAGCCAGUGUCUGCGUGGAAUGUCUGUGUGCUAACAGGUCUCAGAGAAUCUCCGCUACACCAGUGGACUCUCCGAGCGCGAGAUGUCUCGGCUAGUCACAGGCUCCACGCGAGCGCUAAUUGGCAGUACGCUGUCCGCCAGGCCCUUCAAAGCCAGCGUCCCCCUCCACCGCGCGUGGAAGUUUCCCAGCUGGGUGCUAUCUUGACUGCAUUCAGGCGUAAGUGCAGCCGAUAGGUCGCACGGACCGUCAACGGCCAGGCUCCGGGAAGUCGGCGGCCGACGCGAGGCGUCCGCGUGCCUCGCGGGGUCUAUCGAUCGAUGCUGCUCUCCGGAGGGCGCCCGCGGCCGGACCGCACGUACAAACAGACUGCUGCGCCCCGCGCCACCGGGGACACCGCCGGAGGCGCACAGUUUUGUGAUUUGCUCCGAUGUUGAGAGGACAAUACCUGCAUAGCUCGGCCAUAGCCGGUGUUUGGCUAGAGCGAAGAGAGAUCUAUUUAAUGUGAUGUUAGCGGUUGGAUCGCAGAACAGCGGGAUGUGAUGUGCUGUUGCGUUGUUGUUAGGUGUGAUUAUGGCUGUUUGUGAUCACAAACGUGCAAACGCUGGUGUCAAUGUGUCUGUAUCUGAAAUAACAUCGCAGCAUCAUAAGGCGUACAUAACAUUAGAGAUAGCUCAUACCAGUGUCCCAUGCGAUUGCUGUGGGCCGUUUCGUUGCUCGGCCCAGUAAGGAUGAUUGCACUUUUCAGCGCUCUUGUUGUCACAUGUGAAGCUGACCAAGUGAUGAAUGUCAACUGAAACGAGCUUGUGUUUCGGAGGUGAUUUCCUCACUGCGCCUCUUCCGUUCAAAGCUCCUAGACGCGGCUGUUCCACGCCAACUCAUCCGGGACUCGGCUGACAUUUCUCCGUGUAACAAAACGGCACUGUUUUCGUUAGAUGUAGACAGCCUCUUCUGGGAGACACAAACGCAGCUGAAGCUUUCCCGGCUCCUCCACUACUCCUCCGCACCGCUUCCACCGUUUGCAGAAUAAACACGACUGCGCCGGAAGAUUGACACACGGACCACGGUGGGAGCGCUCCAGGGCCCACGGACUGCGGGAGGCGCAAUAAGCUCCAGGCCCCACGGACUGCGGGAGGCGCACUAAGCUCCAGGACCCACGGCCGUCCGUGCUCAGCCGCACAAAUAGUUCCGCCCUCACCCGUUCGGACUUUUGGGACGAGUGUUGACCUACGCGGGCACCGGAGGAGCUUCAGUCCCCGGAGUUUUCGUUUGGAUGACUCAGCAGUGUUCCGUUCCGCUCGGUCGGCGGAAAUUGAAUGCCGUUUUUGGUCUGGCUGUCACGGUUCCCUGACUAGGAGUCCUUGCCACAGACACGUCGCCUGUGCUCGUUCUUUUGCUGCGUAUCAAAAUUGGCUGUCUGUAAAGCUGAAUGACGGGUAAUAUCUGCUCCACGACCACCGUUCCGUCCAAACGUACCUCAUCGCUGGGCCGCCCGUCCUUCAGACGGUGACCUCGGGACCAAUAGCUGCAGGUAUUCAGUGGCUAUCUGCGCCCUGUGCCGGCUGGCACUCACUCCACGGCACAACCGCCUCUGGUUGUACCGCUGGACGUAUCUCGGGACGCCGGUUCCGGCCUGGUUCGGUCGGCUCCGAUCGAAUGUCCAGGCCCGCUGCGGUCCCGCAUGUCGUCUGAGUUAUUUAGGGUUGCUCGGCCGCCCCCGCAGAGGGUCAUCAGUGAACCUCCUGACCUUUUGGAAACUCGGUUUAUGACUAGCGACGGUCGGGUCUCGAAAUAACCACGAAUCGAUGUCAAACAAUCGUAUCGGUGGUCUGCAAAAUUAAAGCCUGGUAACGCUCGAUGCUGCAGGGAUGUAGGUAUUUAACGUUUAUCUGCGUCUCAGACAUUUAUGUAAGCCUGCCAUUAGCGGAGGGAUCUUCUUAUCCGACACAAACUGCCCCGUUCGUCCGAUCCCUGGAGGUGGUAGGAUCACGUCGAAUGGGGCGCUUUUACACGCCCGCGUUGUGUUUCACAAUUCCGCUGUAUCCUUCGUCUAAAGAAGCUGAUUCUUUACUACCGACCUUUGGCUUCACUAAAUUCCACAGAAGCACGUUUCGCUAGUUCGAUGGAGAUCCGUUUCUCUCGUAGCACGUUUCUGUACCCAUGUGUGAGUGCGAGUGUUCCGCUCCGUCCGUGGCUGUUGGGUAUACCGUUCUGUGAGCGGAGCGAACCCAUGCUGAGGUUCGCUGCGCCAUGAAAUGUUAUGUAGAUAGCAGCCGAUACCGAUGCUGGACCAGUCACGGCGUGGAGAUAGUUUCCGUCGACGAACUGCAGCGCUCAAACGCGACGAGUUUUCCGAUGAUCGACGCUGGUGGCGACCGAUUGUCGGCGUUAAAAGAUGUUCUUUGGUGAGAUAACUGCGUCUAUUGGAUGUCCAACUCUUGCGCAUAAUACCGUGUCCUCGUUCGUCGAUAUGUGCCGAGUAUGAAAACAAUAUAUCCCGUACUGUGCCAAUCAUAAUACAUUGAAGCCGUACCGGUGGAUAAAUGGA